CAUCUUUUAAACUACACAUAUCCAUCGCACGAAUUGGCUGAUUCCCUCUAAUAGAUAAUAUUCUCUACAAUAACAAAACUAAAUUUUGAUAUUUUUUUUGGUUUAAAGCAAAAUUUGAUCUAGUGAUGAAGAAGUACUUUAAUUUACAAUAACGAAAGUGUCGAGGAUUAACGUUUAACCGAAUAGUAAUUCAAACAUUCCAAACGAAGAUUAACUACAACAGCUUCUAGCCACGAGGCAGCAUUUUAGUUAAAUUGAUCGGGUUGCUACCAAUUUGGUCAUUGAAUUGAUUUUAUUUGUUCAUUGGCCGAUUGGAUCCAUUUAUAAACCGAUAAAAUGCAAACAGAAAAAAACAAUUAACAGAGAAGCUAGUUUACGCGUCAGCAUGACGGAGUUUUUUUUGGCGGGAUGGGGUUGAGUCUCAACGAGGGUUCAUUUUCCUGGCCAACCGGAUGCAAACUGGACCCAGAAAACGAAACGAGAAGCGUAUCUUUCUCGAAAGGACAGUGGGUCCCACUCUCUGGGUUUGGGAUAUUGGUUCGGCCGGUCAUCCUUGACCUUGACCGCCAUCACUGGGUUGAUUUCGACGGGUUUUCUAUUUUUUUUAUUUAGAGUUUAAUAUUCCUGGAAUUUAAUUGGGUUUUGGAGCAUUUUUUCAUCAAAGGUAAAAAUGUGAUCCGACCAAAAAAAAAAAAAAAGUAAAAAUGUGAUGGGAAUUUUGGCUUCGAUUUUGGAAGCUAAGCUACUAAAUUUAUAUAAGUUUCUUGUGGGUUUUACAUGUCAAAAUCUGUGCAAAACUUGGAAAAAUGGAUGGGUAUGUUAACUCCCGCAUUUUUUAAUCACUAUUGAAUACUCCCGCUUAAAAUUGAUAUUUUAUACAUUUUCUUGAUAAUUAUGAGAUUGUUUAAUGCAAUUUUUAACUACUUCGCGAAAAAUGAGGAUAGACCGUGUUUGUACCAAUAAUACUAGGUCUACAACUACCGGUAAAUAAACCAACGGUAACUAGUGCUAAUGUAAAAGGAAAAAAAUAUCAUAUCUCUUACUCUCGUUAGUAGUAACGAAAAGAAUACAAUAUCAACAUUCAUUACAUCGAGAUAUCACUCUAACUUUACAAUUGUGACUUCCACUUCUAAUUCUAAACAUUAAGCACCGAGUUUUCCAUUUAGCUUGAUGGUUAUAGAAUAAUAGAACUAUGAUAUUUGUAAUCGGAUUCACAUUUGUAAUAUUUUUGUUCUGCUUAUCUGCGCACAAAGAAAAAAGCUAGUCGUUAAAAGGGCCCGCCUCUCCUCCAUGGUUUCCUGGAAAUUUCCGUCGCCUCUCUCUCUCUAGCUCACCAGAACCAUUAGAAAAGUCUCGAACUUUGUGCUCCGACAGAGAAACCAACAUUGUUUUUUGGCCAGGGUAGAAACCAAAGUCUCCCAAUUUCGCUAAUCCCCUCACUUUGGGUUUAAUGAUCAUAAUAAUCCAACCAGACCAUUCUUCCUCUUUGGGAACACCCACCAUAUUUUUCCUUUCCUUUCUCCCCAACUCUUCUCUGCAACUGCAAAAGUUGCAAACUUCAUUUCCCUCUCAGUCUGGAUUGGGCCAAACUGGGCUGCUCUCUGAUUCUUCUGGGCUGCCGGUUUUCUCUGCCGGGUACUGAAACCGUGAACUUCUGUUCCCAGCCUCAAAGAAUUGAUGUCUAAUGUUUGAAGAACUCGCCAGAGCCCACAGAUGUAAGUCUAAUCUAAUUGCAGUUCUGUGGGGGGAGGUUUUCGUGGUUGUUAAAAAUGGUGUUUUUGAUGUUCUUCACUCUUGCAAAACUUCUACUUCACCCCUUUUGUUAUGCUCGAGUGGGAGUUUUUGAGAUCCAAUUGGUUGCUUUCCCCUCCUUAUUUCUUGUUCUCUACAUUGCAAAAGGUUUGGAAUUUGGAUGAAACUGCAUCGUGCUGAUGAGGAAAGGUCGCCUGUGUUCUUUUCCUCUUCAGGGGGCUUUUGCAGGAAUUAUUGUAUGGUGAUUUGUCUAUGAGGAAGACUGUUUGUUGAAUCUAAUUGGGGGUUUUCCCAUUUGAAGAAAUUUGCUGCUUUCGGUUAUGAGCUAUUCACAAGACAAGUUUGUUAGGUUUCAAGAUUGGAGAUCAGAGAAAGUUCCGGAAUCGGAUUAUUCGCCCCGGGAUGGGUACCGUGGAAGAGUUAGCAUGAAGAUAAGCUCAUUCUCUGAUAAGUUCAGGAGAAGAUUGGAGUCUGGUUCAGAGAGCAUCAGUAGGAUUAGACAGACCUUGAAAUCAUACUCCUUUAACAAUGGUAGUUCGUCGGACGGCUCUAGUUCUAGAAAGAAGGUCCUUGAUCCACAGGGAGCUUUCCUACAGAAAUGGAACAAGAUAUUUGUGCUGUCAUGUUUCCUUGCUAUCUCCCUGGACCCUUUGUUCUUCUAUGUCCCGGUGAUCGACAAUGAUAAGCACUGCCUUAAAUUGGACAACAAGAUGCAGAUAACAGCGAGCGUGCUGCGUUCUUUCACGGAUAUAUUCUACAUACUUCACAUUGUCUUCCAGUUUCAUACUGGCUUCAUUGCACCUUCCUCCCGGGUUUUUGGAAGAGGUGUUUUGGUUAAGGACAGUUGGGCCAUCGCGAAGAGGUAUAUGCUUUCGUACUUCUUGAUCGACGUUCUUGCCUUGCUGCCAUUGCCACAGAUGGUGAUUCUAAUAAUCACUCCCAGGCUGCACGGAUCGAGAACUCUUAAUACUAAAAACUUGUUGAAGUUUGUUGUAAUCCUCCAGUAUCUGCCUAGGAUCAUGCGAAUUUAUCCGUUGUACAAGGAAGUUACACGAACCUCUGGCAUACUCACUGAAACGGCAUGGGCUGGAGCUGCAUUUAACCUCUUCCUUUACAUGCUUGCUAGUCAUGUGCUUGGAGCAUUUUGGUACUUGUUCUCCGUGGAAAGACUAACAGUCUGCUGGAAGAAAGCUUGUGAUGCUAACUCGUGUGACCGGGUCACGCUGUACUGUGAUGGUCCUCGUGGCAAUCUGACAUUCUUGAACACUUCUUGUCCCGUCAAUCCUGAGAAUGCAGAUGUGUUCAAUUUCGGAAUAUUCCUCGAUGCCCUCCAGUCUGGUGUUGUGGCAUCUCACGAUUUCCCCAAGAAGUUAUUCUACUGUUUUUGGUGGGGGCUUCGCAAUCUCAGUUCUCUUGGUCAGAACCUCGCGACGAGCACAUUUGUCUGGGAAAUUUGUUUCUCGGUUGCGAUUUCGAUCUUUGGAUUGGUGUUGUUUUCUUUCCUCAUUGGGAAUAUGCAGACUUACUUGCAAUCUACGACAACUAGAUUGGAGGAAAUGAGAGUGAAGAGGCGAGAUGCAGAGCAAUGGAUGUCCCAUCGUAUGCUCCCGGACAAUUUACGUGAGCGAAUCAGGCGCCACGAGCAGUACAAGUGGCAAGAAACCAGAGGAGUCGACGAAGAGAACCUCGUCCACACUCUUCCAAAGGACAUUAGAAGGGACAUUAAGCGCCAUCUCUGCUUGGCACUCCUAAUGAGAGUGCCAAUGUUUGAGAAGAUGGACGACCAGCUUCUCGACGCAUUGUGUGACCGCCUCAAGCCAGCGCUCUACACGGAGGAGAGCUACAUUGUCCGCGAGGGAGACCCUGUCGACGAGAUGCUGUUCAUCAUGAGGGGUAAACUUCUCACCAUGACAACAAACGGCGGAAGGACGGGCUUCUUCAACUCGGAGUACCUCAAAGCUGGCGAUUUCUGCGGCGAGGAGCUCCUCACGUGGGCCCUCGACCCGCACACCUCGUCGAACCUACCCAUCUCCACGAGAACCGUUCGUACCAUCACGGAGGUGGAAGCUUUCGCACUGACCGCCGAAGACUUGAAGUUCGUGGCCUCCCAGUUCCGUCGCCUGCACAGCAAGCAGCUUCGCCACACGUUCAGGUUCUACUCGCAGCAGUGGAGGACGUGGGCCGCCUGCUUCAUCCAAGCGGCUUGGCGAAGGUACAGCAAGAAGAAGCUCGAAGAGGCGCUGAGGCAGGAAGAGGACAGGUUGCAGGACGCGCUGGCCAAGGCGGGUGGGAACUCUCCUAGCCUCGGCGCUACCAUCUACGCGUCGAGAUUCGCCGCCAAUGCCCUGAGGCUGCUUAGACGAAACUCGACUCGUAAGGCUAGGAUCACCGAGAGGCUCCCGCCCAUGAUGCUGCAGAAGCCGGCGGAGCCUGAUUUUACUGCUGAUGAACGGUAGCUUGGGGAAGGGGGAAGUAACCUGUUGAGAAUUCUUUUUUUUGGGGUUUUGGAGUAGUGUUCAGUCAAUCAACAUUCAACAACAGAAAGUACGAGGGAUGAUUGUUUCUUAUAAGUUAAGGUUGAGUUGAUUGUUUCUUGUAACCUGUACAAUAUUAAUGUAUAUGAGAAAUUUUCAAAUGGGGUUUGUUUCUUUCUUCCUGAAGUACUCGAUUAAGCCUUUCAAGCUUCAACUUUCUUAAACAACGAGUCGGCCGCCAUUGUAGAGUACAGAGUGCUGUUACUACUUCUUGCAAACCCAUUUUCUUGUUUUAUCCAUAUAGUUUUCGCUUCCCGGCCCUAACAGAGUCAAGCCACUGAGCUUUCGCGACUUUACACAUUCAAAAAUUCAUUGAACACAACUGAACAGAGAGCAACAAUUUCACAGAAGUUUUGAUUGCGUGUAAAACAGCCAAUGAAAACAUGAUCAAAAACCAAAUACACAAUGCUGAAAAUAGCUAAGACAAUCCAGGAUAUUACAAUCAAUCAUCAGUGAUAAAUAGGCGUAUGCGUC